AUGGAACUUGUUUCAGUUUGUCCAACGACGUUGAAGAGAAUCUGUAGACAGCAUGGGAUACAGAGAUGGCCAUCAAGAAAGAUCAAGAAAGUUGGUCAUUCACUUCAGAAGAUUCAACGUGUCAUUGAUUCGGUUCAAGGUGUUUCUGGUCAUCAUCUUCCUAUAGGCUCCUUCUAUGCUAAUUUCCCAAAUCUAGCUUCUUCACAAGAAGCAUCAUCAUUACAACAUCAACAAUCCAAGCAGACAACAUUCUUGCCUUCUUCCUCACAUUCACAGCCUGCAAAAUCCCCUGGCUCCUCGUGUAGCCACACCUCGAGCUGUUCAAGUGAAACACAAGCAAACAAGGAAGAUCCUAUGACUAAAGCUAGAGAAGAUACAAUGACUCUCUCAAGAUCUUUUAAGGAAACGCAGGCCACACAGUUAUCACCAUCAACAUCAUCACAGGACGAUGAUUUUUUGAGGAUUAAGGUGAGCUAUGAGGAGGAGAAGAUCAGGUUCAGGAUGAGAAACUCUCGUAGGCUAAAGGAUCUGUUGUGGGAGAUAGCGAAACGGUUUAGUAUAGAAGAUGUGAGCAGAUAUGAUCUGAAGUAUUUAGAUGAAGACAAUGAAUGGGUUUUGUUGAGAUGUGAUGAUGAUGUAGAGGAAUGUGUUGAUGUUUGCAGGUCUUUCCCUGGACAGACGAUAAAGCUUUUGCUUCAGCUCUCUUCUCAGCAUUUACAAGAACGUUCUUCUAUCAGUGGAUCACUUUCCUGA